CACUGCUUUCGCCAAUUGACUGCAUACUGCUAUCUAUCCCUGUCCGGCCGUUGCCUGCCGCUAUCUCGCAGACCAACAGGUCACCGUUAGCAGUGACACGUCAGCGUUAGUAGUGACACCACAACGGUACUCUUUCAAGCAGCACUUGAUCUCACAGCCUCAACCCCGCUUGAAUCGUCUUAGCCCAACGCGUCGGUUCGUGCACUUCCGAAGCUCGCGCAUCCUGUACUAUUCACGAACUGCAGCGCCUAGCAAGCUAUGACGAUGUCGCGCUUGUACACGUUUUCUCUAGUCGCGGCGCUGCUGCUGCUGGCCGCGUGCGCUGACGCAGCACCGACGGUAGCGCAAUUCCGGGCGGAACUGAAGGCGCUGAAGGCGGUGACGGUCAGCCAGAAGGAUUACAAGGCGUUCGCCAGAGGAAUUGACAGCAUGCUCGCAUACCCCGACUCGCAGCUGCCACAGCUGUUCAACACGACCAUCCUUGUGCCCACCAACAAGGCCAUCUACGCGCUCGGGAUCAAGACCCUGCAAAACAGCACGGCCAUGGAGGCCAUCGGCAAGUACAACGUGCUGCUGCGCCAGCUCACCGGCGCGCAGCUGCUCAAGCUCGCCGCCAACACGCCGCUGCGCACCAAGGCACCCAAGGAGUUGCUCGCGCGGUAUGCGUCGGCUGGCGCGAACGCGGGGAAGGCGGUGCUGGGCCCGCUGAACGCACCCGCUGCGAAGCAGGGCGUGGUGCUGACGCCCGACCUGUAUGCUGGCAAGUUCCUCAAGGUGCACGGCGUGUCCGUGUUCUUCCGCCCCAAGGGCUACUGAGAGUGUAUUUGGAGUCAACUCGAAGUACGGUACUUGCAGUCAGGGAAACUGCUCAGGGUGCAUGGCGUGUCGGUGUUUCUCCGGCCCAAGCGGUACUGAAAAAACAAGCUACCCACAGGAGGAUGCUGCGCUGUGUAAGGUAGUGUACCCUAGUGCUCCCGGCAGCUCACCUCAGCCUCGUGUCAGAGCCUUGUGUCAGGAAGUUUUUGCCACACAAGGGUAUGUGGCUAGAGGAAGGGCAGGCCCUAAGCUGACACAAUGUUCUGACACUAGGUUAAGUUAGGCCUAGUUGUUGCUGUUAUUUUGCAAUGUUACCAUCCUUUUGAUAUGUCUGCAAUCAAAUCCAGGCCCUCCA